AUGGGUUUGGCAGAUAGCCUUUUGGGAGGUUACUCCAGUGACGAGGAUGAGGUUGUGGAUCAACAGCAAUCCAUGGAUGUUGAAGGUAGUGAAGGCCGUCUUUUUUUCUUCCAAGAUCUGGUUUCAACGCCCGAUCUCAGUCUAAUAAAGGAUCUCAAAUCAUAUUGUCAGAUAAUACCUAAAGUGCAAGAGUUUGUUGCCAAACUGCAAGACCUCGACAACACGAAAACAAAACUCAAGGAUAGUUUACUUCAUGAAGCGAACGAUUUGCUAGACGAUUUGAACGAGGAAAUUAGCCACAUCUACUCGUUUUUAACUGUACAUUAUAAACCAAUCUGGCCAGAGCUGGACAAUCUCCUUCGAAACCCAAUCAAUUUCGCACGCACCAUUCAAAUCAUCGGUGACGAUCUGUCAAAGCUGGACGAACGUCAAACCGACUUGGAGCAAUUCUUGAGAAAAGACGAGAUAUUAGGUCUCACGGUUUCCGCUUCUGUGCUAAGACAAUCCCAGUAUCAACACCAUCUGGAUCAGCACCACGUCAAUCUGAUUCUUGAAGCGUGUCAACUGUUAUUAUUGCUAGAGAAUGGACGCACAGAGAUUAGAGCGCACGUUUCUUCCAAAGCUAAGAGUCUUGCUCCCAACGUGACAGCGUUGGUGGGGCCCACGGUUGCAGCUCAAUUUCUCUCUGUCUACGGUUUGGAAGGGCUCUGUAAGAUUCCCUCGUGCAACAUUCCGUCGAUGGGUGUCAAUCGCUCGUCAUUCAUCAAAGGGUCCUCGGGAAUCAGAAAUAAAGGAUACAUUUAUUACUGCGAGCUGGUUCAGAAUGUGCCCGAGGAAUUUCGAGUUAAAGCGAUGCGGGUAGUUUCUGGGAAGCUUGUCCUUGCUGCACGUGUGGACUACUCGAAUUCGCGAAGCUCGGUAGAAGACGAUUCUCAGGGACAGCAAUGGAGACAGCAAAUUUCCACCCAUUUGGACAAAUUGCUAAGUCCUCCAGAUUCUCAGCCGGUCAAGCCACUUCCCAAGCCGAUAGACCAAAAGUCCAAGAAACGUGCAGGACGCAGGUUCCGCAAACAAAAGGAGAAGAUGGAGAUGUCCGAAUUGGAAAAGGCCCAGAAUAAGAUGGCUUUUGGCGAGCGAGAGGAAACACAAUACGACGCAUUUGGAGACGAAAUAGGAAUGGGAAUGAUUGGAAAGCUUUCUACGCGGGCAAUUUCCAAUGUGAAACGUCAACAGCUAACCAAGUCUGCUGCUACCAAACUGGAAAAAUUCACAGGAACAAAGUCUGGAUCAGGCAGCAAAAUUGCCCAACUUUUAGACGACAGGGCGCAGGAACGGAAACGGCAUAUGGAAGUGACGGACUCUUCCAACCAGCCUGCAACGAAACAGCAAAAGACGCUCGAGUCUUGA